AUGGCUCCGCCAUCUGUGCCAUCGCGAGAGCCAGGCGGUGCGAAGAAGCGUGGGAAGUACACGACCCUGACGUUGGAGAAGAAAGCUGCAAUUAUCAAGCUGAUACAGAGUGGACUUUCGCAGCUUGAUGUCGCCAAAGAAUACCACCUCUCCAAGCAAACGGUAUCUGACUAUGUCAAAAACAGCGCGAAGAUACUGUCAGCGUUUGAGAAUUCCCACAACAAGAGCCAAAAAAACGACAGUAAGGGCGUUCAUCCAGCCCUUGAAGAGGCUCUGCAGUUGUGGCUCAAAGGAGUUUUGGCCAAGAACCUGCCCGUGUCGGGAGACUUGUUAAAAGAAAAGGCGGAGUCGUUCGCUCUCAAAAUGGGCAUUGAAGAGUUCAAAUUUACUGACGGAUGGCUUCGCGGCUUCACGAAGAGGCACGGAAUUUCAUUCAAAAAAGUGAGUGGUGAAAGCGGAGCGGUGGAUCAGACUAUUGUGUCUGAUUACCGUGUCACGAAGUUGCAAGCAUUGCUUAAAGAAUAUGCUCCUUCGGACAUAUUCAACUGUGACGAGACAGGACUUUUCUUUAAGAUGCUGCCGGAUCGUACGCUAGCAUUUUCGGGGGAAUCGUGCGCCAGUGGGAAGCUCAGCAAGGAGCGUAUAACAGUGAUGGUUGGUGCCAACGCCACCGGAACGGAAAAACUGCCUCUUCUCGUUAUUGGGAAGGCCAGAAAUCCGAGGUGUUUUAAGGCUGUGAGAACCCUCCCUGUGGAAUACGACAGCAACUCCAAGGCGUGGAUCACGCAAUCAUUGUUUGAAAGAUACAUACGCAAACUUGACCGCAAGUUUGCGCGGCAGAACAGAAAGGUCAUCUUUUUUGUGGACAACUGUGGCGCGCACGGUAGCGUGCCGAACCUUGAGGCCAUUCGGCUGGAAUUUUUACCGCCUAACACCACAAGCGUGCUCCAGCCAAUGGAUCAAUGCGUGAUCAGAAACAUCAAGGCACACUACCGUGCCCGCCUGCUCAGCCGCACCGUCUUGUGCCUCGACAGCGGGAAGGUGUACAAGGUCGACCUUCUGGCCGCCAUCCACAUGUUAGCCAAUGCAUGGAAAGCGGUGAAGCCAGAAACCAUCGCGCAUUGCUUUAGGCAUGCAGGGUUCGCUGCUGCCGAAGAGCCCGAGGCGGAUGACCUGGACGUAGGCGACCCGGACGGCACCGAUGGCGGGGAUGACUUAAUGAACGACUUGCGCAGUGGUGGAGUGGACGUUCCUGCCACGAUGACAUUUAAAGAUUUCGCUCGUACGGACGACAACGUUGUUUCGUGCGCGGAGCCCACAGACGACGAAAUUCUUCGCCAGGUUGUCCAGCAGCCGGAGAGCGGCUCGAAUAAUGACGACGAUGACCGCCCGCAGCCGUCGGCGGCGGAGAUCGCCAACGCGGUGACGCUAUUGUCGAGCGUUUACGGUGACGAUGUCACCUUGGCGCAAAUACAGACAAACCUAAUUGCCUCCAAGCGUACUGUGAGGCAAGGCAGCAUCAAGGACUUUUUUAAGCCUGCCUGA